AUGUUGAUGCAGACCAUUAGCACCAAAUUGCCACGGAGGGAAUGCAUCCAGCACCUGGCAGUUGUGAAAUUAUACGCCCCGCUGCCUAGGCACAUAUCUGUCUUUAGAUACGGACAGCUCAAGCGUUUUAGUGCCAUUUGGUGUGUUCUAAUGCUAGCUGAAAUGAGGAGUCCGCCUUUUCUCAACAUAUGCUUAGUAACUUUUUUUACUCUUGCAGGGAAAAGCUUCACACUGACUAUCACGGUCUUCACAAAUCCGCCACAAGUAGCCACAUACCACAGAGCCAUCAAGAUAACAGUGGACGGACCUCGCGAACCCAGAAGACAUCGUCAGAAAAUAGAUGAGCAGACAAAGCCCGGGAGCUUGUCCUUUUCAGAGCGCCUGAGUGAACUGGAGCAGUUGCGUCGUACGGCCAUGAGGGUCAGCCCACACCACCCAGCCCCCACACCCAACCCACGAGCCUCCUUGAACCACACCACUGCUUUUAACCCUCAGCCUCAGAGUCAGAUUCAGG